AACUUCCUUUGCUCCCACCCAUCGAUUUGAUGUCUUUUUCUACGGAGUGUUGGCUUGGACUGAGGCGUAAACCAAACGGCUUCAAAAUGUUUAAUUUCGGACCAAAAAUAUUUUUGCUUUUUCUGCUCGCUUUUCCGAUCACUCUUGUUUCCAUAGGUGGGGUUAAAGCUGAGAGUGACCCCUCAGAAGACCAAGGUCCGGAUUCCGUAGUUGAGGAAGAGGAUGAGGACGAAGAUGAGGUUCUGGUUGAGGAGGCCCAAGUUUCUGAAUCGGACACGGACGAAGAUCUAGAUGAAGACUCUACAGGAACCGAUGUGACUUCUCACCCUGAUGCAGACACCACCAUUGUAUUCGUUACUGGGGAAGAGUUUCCAGCCAAUGAAAUUGUGAAGUUCCUGGUUGGUUUCACCAACAAGGGGAGUCAAGACUUCACUGUCCAAUCACUGGAGGCCUCAUUCCGUUACCCACAGGACUACCAGUUCUACAUUCAGAAUUUCACAGCCCUGCCCCUCAGCACUGUAGUCCAGCCCCAGAGACAGGCGUCGUUUGAGUACUCCUUCAUCCCAGCUCAGCAAAUGGCCGGCCGCCCCUUUGGACUCGUCAUCCUGCUCAACUACCUGGACAGUGAGGGUAACGGUUUCCAGAGCGCCAUAUACAACCAGACAGUCACCAUCAUCGAGCUGGACGAGGGGCUGGAUGGUGAAACGAUGUUCAUGUAUGUCUUCCUCUCUGGGCUGGUGGCUCUGCUGCUCUUUGGAAUUUACCAGGUGUUGGAGGCUCGAACGAGGAAGAGACUACCUGUGAAAGUAGAGACAGGUACAGGUGGUCUGAACGACGUGGACAUCAGCUGGAUUCCCCAGGAGACCCUCAAUGUCAUGAACAAAGCCUCCCCAAAAGCCUCUCCCCGGAAGCGCACCAAGAGAGCCGCGGGCACGGACCAGUAACCUGGCCCGGCCGUGAGGCCCACCCCCACUCCAGCCCCUCCCCCUCCACCCAAUUCUGCCCAAUGGGCACGUCCGCCCGCCACAGAACUCUCGAGACACGCCCCUGCCCUGAACACGCAAGGCUCCAGAACAGUGGCGGUCGCGGCGCAUGCCAAUCCGCCUGUUCUGCUCGCAUCCUGAUGGAGUGUACCGCCACUACCUGCCGGACCCUAACUGAUAUGGUUUUAACACAGAUGUUGGGCCUUAAUUUUUUAAAAGUUUGGAACAGAUUAAUGAAACAUUGGCUUGCUUAAAGCCUGGUUUGAAUCACUUUAUUGCUGUAAUGUGGUGUGUCCCAUUCAAAGAAAGAUGUGUAAUUUUUUAAUGUGUGCGUUUUAUUGCCUAUCCAAAGGCUGUUGUCGCAGCUGUUUCAGUUGAAAUGUGAUUGAGUUUAUUUUAGCAGGUUUGUAAUGUAAAAAUUGCAACAAACCAGGGGGAUCUGUUUUUAGUUUUCUUAUUUUGUAUUGAUCUGAUUUUCACAUCUGUAAAUUAUGAGGAUGCUUCCCAUCACAGAUAUCAGGGAUCCGUUGAUCCUUGCCCCAAAUCAAUUAUCUGCUCUGACUGUGGGCAAAAAAACAGUUUUUGAAACUCAAUUUGGAACAGAAUUAGUGAGCUAUCAGAAACACCAUCUCCAAAAGCAGCUUUUAUCUCUCUCUCUCUCUGCACACAGAAGGAAGCUCGGUCAUGUUGACAGAGGGCAUUGGGCCCUGGGUACCUCGGAGGCGGGUGGUUUGUGGUUAUUGUGGCAGUAUUAUGUGUUGCUUCACUCCGAGCCAUUCCACGUACAAUUUGAACACUAACUAAUGAAUAUGUGGCGCGGGUUCGCAUCAGCUGAGAUGCUUCGCAAUUCGGUGCCAGUUAUCACAACCUUUUAAGGAGCGCUACUGUGGUACAGUCGGUCCUUAAAAGAUGACAAUCUGGGGGGAAACUGCUGAUGGGCUUGUCUGUGAAUUGGUAUUUGGCUGAUUGCAUUUGACUGCUUGAUUGGAGACCGGUGUUUUGAUAAUGUACAGUGAGUCAAUGCAUGCUGUUAAUAAAGACUGCCAAGCUUGGUAGAACCUGGGGACUAAC